ACACUAAACUUGCUUGGCAGCUCCAGGUUUUGCUUGUGUCCGAGCUUCGCGAACUCCCCCCCGUUCUUACGUUGGGCCUCAUCUCUCCACCCAAUCCUCACCACCUAAACGUUACUCGCCAAAGCCUCCACCACAACCAUCCAUCAUGAGAGAGGUAGUUAGCUUGAACGUCGGUCAGGCGGGUUGCCAAAUCGCAAACUCGUGCUGGGAGUUGUAUUGCCUGGAACAUGGCAUUCAGCCCGACGGAUACUUGACUGAGGAACGGAAAGCUGCCGACCCUGAUCAAGGAUUUAAUACAUUUUUUUCUGAAACAGGCCAGGGUAAAUACGUUCCCCGAACCAUCUACUGCGAUCUUGAGCCAAAUGUCGUGGACGAAGUCCGCACCGGACCAUAUCGUGCGCUUUUCCACCCAGAACAGAUGAUCACUGGAAAGGAGGAUGCAUCCAAUAACUACGCUCGUGGUCAUUAUACCGUGGGUAAGGAGAUGAUCGACCAAGUCCUUGACAAAGUCCGCCGGGUGGCAGAUAACUGCAGCGGUCUCCAGGGCUUUUUGGUGUUCCAUUCCUUUGGAGGUGGCACGGGAUCCGGCUUCGGUGCACUUCUGAUGGAGCGUCUAUCCGUGGACUACGGCAAAAAGACAAAGCUGGAAUUUUGUGUCUACCCUGCGCCCCAGAAUGCCACUUCAGUUGUCGAACCUUACAACUCGAUUCUCACAACGCAUACCACCCUGGAACAUUCUGAUUGCAGUUUUAUGGUGGACAAUGAAGCAAUCUACGACAUCUGCCGCCGGAACUUGGGUAUCGAGAGACCAAGUUACGAAAACUUGAAUCGCCUCAUGGCUCAAGUCGUUUCCUCAAUUACUGCUUCUCUCCGAUUUGACGGCUCCUUGAACGUGGAUCUGAACGAGUUCCAGACCAACUUGGUACCCUAUCCCCGGAUCCACUUUCCGCUAGUUGCGUUCUCCCCGGUCGUAUCUGCGGCAAAGGCGUCCCAUGAAUCCAACUCUGUCAUGGAGGUAACCAUGUCCUGUUUCGAGCCUAAUAACCAGAUGGUCAAGUGCGAUCCUCGUAACGGCAAAUACAUGGCAACCUGUCUGCUGUACCGUGGAGAUGUCGUGCCCAAGGAUGUUCAUGGUGCCGUGGCGACACUGAAAACGAAGCGUACCGUCCAGUUCGUUGACUGGUGCCCUACUGGUUUCAAGAUUGGUAUCUGUUACCAGCCUCCCCAAAUGGUGCCUAAUGGCGACCUUGCAAAAGUCAACCGCGCUGUUUGCAUGUUAUCCAACACCACCGCAAUCUCCGAAGCCUGGACGGCACUUUCUCACAAAUUCGACCUCAUGUAUUCCAAGCGCGCAUUCGUCCACUGGUACGUGGGUGAGGGCAUGGAAGAGGGUGAAUUCUCCGAGGCUCGCGAGGACCUUGCAGCGUUGGAACGGGACUAUGAGGAAGUUGCCAGCGAUUCUCUGGAAGAGGAGGUUGAGCCCGAAUAUUAAACAUAUUCCCUCGAUAUGUGACGAUGGCUUGCUCUUGUGUGUAACGUGGCUGUUGUUUAAUAUACCCCUCACCUCUCACUUCCCGAAACGCAUAAUCGACGACUUCCUCUAGAAGUUCCAUUCCAUCCAUUCCCAACAAAAUUUCAUUCCUUCCAAAAUAUUUUCCGGGGCG